AUGGCAUCAAGUGAGACCCAAGCUACCGUCGAGAUGGCUGAAGCUCUGAGAUCAAAGCUGGAGGGUUCUGAAGUCCUCACCCCUUCAUCCCCGGGCUACGAAGAUGCAAUUAAGCGAUGGUCUGACGCGGCGGUGAAACGAGCUGGCCUGGUCAUGCUCGCUACCAGUGCAGAGGAUAUUUCCAAAGCCGUCCGUUUCGCCCAAGAGAACAAUAUCGACUUGGCUAUUAGAGGAGGCGGUCAUUCCGUCUCGGGGACCAGUUCCAGCGAUGGAGGCCUCGUUAUCGACCUAUCUCUCAUGCGCAAGGUCACGGUCGACCCUACAAAGAAAACAAUUACGGCCCAGGGGGGAGCUCUUUGGGUGGAUGUUGAUACUGCGGCAGCUGCCCACAAUCUCGCCAUGCCUGGUGGCACCGUGAACCAUACUGGCAUUGGAGGCUUGACACUGGGCGGCGGAUACGGCUGGCUGAGUGCUAAAUAUGGACUUGUGAUUGACAAUCUCAUUUCCGCAAAGAUGGUCCUCGCAGACGGGCGGAUCGUGACGACAUCCGCUACAGAGGAGCCGGAUCUCUUUUGGGCAAUCCGGGGUGCAGGGCAUAACUUUGGCGUCGCUGCUGAAUUCACAUAUCAGGGCUACGAGCAGGUAAACCAAGUUUACGCAGGUCCUCUGAUUUUUACUGUCGACAAAUUGGAAGGCGUUAUCGAAGCAUUGAAUUCUACACUGCAAAAUCCGGAUGAAAACUCGGGUGCAGUAUGUGCCAUCACCAGGCCGCCAAAUGCUCCCGAUAUCAGCUUAAUUGUGAUUGUAUUUCACAAUGGCACAGAAGAGGAAGGCAAAAAGAGAUUUGAGCGUCUAUUCGCCCUCAAGCCGGAAGUCAUCGAAGCUAAAAUGAUACCAUAUUCUGAAGUCAACACGCUGAUGAAUGCAGCAGCUCAACACGGCGGUCGCAGAACCUUUAAGGGUUUAUUCUUCGCCCCGCCCUUAAGCCCGGUUUUUGCCAGAAAGAUAGCUAGCAUGGUUUCUCAGAAACUGCGAGAAGAGACUGAUAUGGGCGGUUCUGUACUGGUUUUAGAAUUCUUUGAUAUGCGAAAGAUUAUCCAAACGAAGCUGACCGACACCGCGUUCGCCAAUCGCGGGACCACCUUGAAUGGCGUUCUGAGCUUGAGAUGGGAAAAUUCAGCCAACGAUGUGAGGUACCGGCAGUGGUCUCGAGAUUUGCAGAUGUUGUUCAAAGAGGAGCUCGACGAAACUAGGAAGAAUGGGAUUCCAUCCGGCGAGGGUGUUCCUCAAUAUAUUAAUUAUGCCGAACCCGGUGAUAUCGUGGUUCCUAGCAUAUACGGAGUCAAUGGCGAGAGAUUACAGAAGCUCAAGGCCAGAUACGACCCCGAUUCCGUUUUUGGCAAAAUGAACCCAAUUAUCCCGGCCAAAUAGGCAACUUGGUUCAUAGCUUAGAAUCCAGCUGGUCUGAAUUUUGCUAAUAGUGUUCAGCUCUAUGGCUUGGAUAACUCUAAUGAUUGGAUAAAUUGGUUGAAUAUUUUUGAUAUGAAUUGCAUUCAUGUUUACUCCUGAGAGGUGUGACCUGGAGGCACGAGAAGGAAUGAUUUUCUGCCGCAAGUCUUAACCUCCGGAGAGGUGUUUGUUGACUUACACCUUGUCCCUUCAUCCGAAGGUGGAUCUUUACAUGCGAAUGUGGGAAUCUUACCGUAGAACCACUUGCAAUCUCGGAGAAGAGCACGAAGUGAGGCAUAUUAUUCAUCAGGGGCAUGAGCUUGAUAAUUUUGACACUGCAAGCGUACUGAAUCAGCCAAAAAUCCAUAAUAUCCUAAACAUCAUACUCCGUACGCCCGGAUUCAUUGUUCAAUGGCAUCCAUCGU